CAAGCGCCGGGCAGCGCCGGCGGGGGAAGGGCGCGCGGGGCGGGGCGGUGGGGCCGCGGCUGCCGAGGAACGUCAAUAAUAACAAGCUGAGCCCCAAAGCACACCCCAAAGCACACCCCCGGCACGGCACAGCACAGCGCAGCGCAGCAGCGCCGAGCGGGACCUCGAGGAGUAAGCGCUGCUUGGCGGGGAGCGCGGAAGACGAGUUGGGGAGCGGCCCCCCCGGCCCGUACCUGGGUUAAUCGGUAACGCUGUGCAAACCCAGCUGGAAAAUGCGCCGUGCUCCAGACUAGGAGGGAAGAGAUGGUGCAGUGCCCCCGGCCGCUCAGCGCUUAGCCGAGAAGACGCUGGGUGGUGUGUGCGUGGGGUUUGGGGCUUAGGAAAUUCUUGUUAUUUUUGCUUUUGCCUUUUUGUUUUUAUUUGCUUUUCCCAAGAAGGAAAGAAAACGCUACCAAGAAUCUCAGAUGGCUUAGAAAAAUUAAUAAUAAUUUGUGAAAAUAUGAAGUCGACCGGUUCUUGAUUUCCCCCGUUCCCUCCCCUCCAGCUCCCCAUCCCACUGCCGAGAUUGAGAUAAAAGGACCCAUUUCCUGAAGGACGAGGAGAACAGCCACGUUUCUGGUGGUGUAGAAGGGACUGAUGGCAGUGCUUCAGAGUGUAGCGGAGACGCAGGAAAGAGAUUCAACCUGUUAACAAAAAAAAUAAGCAGGGGGAAAUUACCAACGGGAAAGAAAGAAAUAUACACACAUAUAUAUAUAUACAAUUUAGAAGUAUUCCCCAGGUGGCCACAAAGCAUGGGCUGUGCUCCAAGCAUCCACAUCUCUGACAGCAGAGUGGUCUAUCACAGUAGCAAAGAGUCUGAGGAGUGCAAUUCCCCUCACCAGACCAACACAACCAUGUCUCAACAGCAGCAAGGCAACCCCGUCCCAGGAUUAUUCAUUAAAUCCUCCAACACAUCCACUUAUAAGGUGAGGACUAAUUCCUCUAAGAAAGACAAGAGGGAGAACAGCCAGAGCAUGGAGGCAGAGACCCAGACCAGCAGAUCCAGUGUUAAGGCACCAGUAACAGAUGUGCAGUUUGGCCCUAUGAGACUUCAUCAAAAUCAACUUCAGGUACUUUUAGUGUUUGCCAAAGAAGAUAACCAGAGUAAUGGAUUCUGUUGGGCAUGUGAGAAAGCUGGAUUUCGAUGUAACAUUGCCAGGACACCUGAGUCUGCACUAGAAUGUUUUCUUGAUAAACAUCAUGACAUUAUCAUUAUUGACCAUAGACAUUCCAGAUACUUUGAUGCAGAAGCAUUAUGCAGGUCUAUCAGAACAACGAAACCCUCAGAAAAUACAGUCAUUAUUGGUGUAGUACGAAGGCAUGCUGAUCGUGAAGAGUCGUCAAUAUUGCCCCUGAUCUCUGCUGGCUUCACAAGGAGAUAUGUUGAAAAUUCUAAUAUAAUGGCCUGUUACAAUGAGUUGAUUCAGCUGGAGUUUGGAGAAGUGCAGGCACAAUUCAAACUAAGGGCGUGUAAUUCAUUAUUCACAGCAUUAGAGAAAAGUCAAGAAGCCAUUGAGAUCACAAGUGAAGACCAUGUAAUACAGUAUGUCAAUCCUGCUUUUGAAACAAUGAUGGGCUAUCAAAUAGGUGAACUAAUAGGAAAGGAAUUAACAGAAGUGCCUAUAAAUGAAAAAAAAGCUGAUUUCCUAGAUACUAUUAAUUCCUGCAUAAAGAUAGGAAAGGAAUGGCAAGGAAUGUACUAUGCGAAAAAGAAAAACGGAGAUAGUGUACAGCAAAAUGUGAAGAUACUACCUGUCGUUGGACAGGGAGGAAAGAUUAGACACUAUGUGUCAAUUAGUAGACUGUGCAAUGACAACAAUAAGGCGGAGAAGACAUGUGAACGUGUUCAGGCUGAAUCUCAGACAGAUAUUCAGACUUGCAGACACAAAGACAGGAGGAAAGGAUCUCUAGAUGUCAGAUCCACAACAUCACGAGGGAGUGAUGGCAGCUCACAAAGGCGACACUCUUCCAUGGCCAGGAUACAUUCCAUGACUAUUGAAGCACCCAUCACCAAAGUAAUAAACAUCAUCAAUGCUGCACAAGAAAGCAGUCCAAUGCCAGUUGCAGAAGCUUUAGACCGUGUUUUGGAGAUUUUAAGAACCACUGAAUUGUACUCUCCACAACUGGGGACAAAAGAUGAGGAUCCACAUACAAGUGACCUCGUCGGAGGGUUAAUGACAGAUGGUUUGCGAAGAUUAUCAGGGAAUGAAUACAUAUUGUCAGCAAAACAAACUCAUCAGGUGGCUGGCAGUCUGAUCUCUCCCAUCUCCCUCAAUGACAUACCCCCACAGAUAACACAGGCUAUGGAAAAUGAAGAACAUUGGGAUUUUGAUAUCUUCGAACUUGAGGCUGCCACCCAUAAAAGGCCUUUGGUUUAUCUGGGUCUGAAAAUAUUUGCUCGCUUUGGAAUCUGUGAAUUCCUAAACUGUUCAGAGUUAACUCUGAGGUCAUGGUUACAAGUUAUUGAAGCUAACUACCAUUCCUCCAACUCCUACCAUAAUUCUACUCAUUCAGCAGAUGUACUGCAUGCCACUGCAUAUUUUUUGUCUAAAGAAAGAGUAAAGCAAACUUUGGAUCCGAUUGAUGAGGUUGCCGCACUCAUCGCUGCCACGGUCCAUGAUGUGGAUCACCCAGGAAGAACAAAUUCUUUCCUGUGCAAUGCUGGCAGCGAGCUAGCAAUUCUCUACAACGAUACUGCAGUGCUGGAGAGCCAUCAUGCUGCCCUGGCUUUCCAGCUCACCACUCGGGAUGACAAAUGCAAUAUAUUUAAAAACAUGGAAAGGAAUGAGUAUCGAACCCUUCGCCAAGCCAUUAUUGACAUGGUCUUAGCAACAGAAAUGACAAAGCACUUUGAACAUGUCAACAAGUUUGUCAACAGCAUUAAUAAACCCUUGGCAGCAUUAGAAGAAAAUGGGAACAAUGGUGAUGGAGAGUCAAUCAAAACUGUUCUCACAUCUCCUGAAAACCGAAUCCUUAUCAAACGCAUGUUGAUAAAGUGCGCUGACAUCUCCAACCCGUGCAGACCCAAAGAGCAGUGCAUAGAGUGGGCUGGACGCAUCUCAGAGGAGUACUUUGCACAGACUGAUGAAGAAAAGAGGCAAGGUUUACCUGUUGUGAUGCCAGUUUUUGACAGAAAUACUUGCAGCAUCCCCAAAUCACAAAUAUCAUUCAUUGACUACUUCAUUACAGAUAUGUUUGAUGCCUGGGAUGCAUUUGCAGACCUGCCAAAUCUGAUGCAGCAUCUGGAUAAUAACUUUAAAUACUGGAAAGGAUUAGAUGAAAGGAAGCUGCGGAGCCUUCGACCACCACCAGAAUAGCAAUUAGACCAUGUGUUACAGUAAGGCUCGCCCAUGCGCUUGGGGAACUUUCAGCUUCAAGAGGAUAUGAGGUCAGCAGUUGACUUCCACAAACUACCAUGUGUGGACUCCCCUGAAAUAAGCCUCCCAGGUGGAAUUACACUGGAUUGCUGCAGUACUUGUACUGAAGAGGUUUAUCAGUGAACAGAUUUUUGCGGUAUCUUCACACCCGUACGUGAAGCUGGAAGACCUUGAAGAAUCCUCAUAAAAAGGACAUUCACUAGAAGAUUUUGCUUAAUCCUCAAUCCUGCAAGUGAAAAAGAAGCAUCUAUUAAUAGAGACUCCCAGCUUUUACUGAGAAAGCUACAUGCUUUUUAUAAGCACUUAAGACAGUUACAUAGAACAAUCAGACAUUUAAAAUGCAACUCUCUAAGAAGGAAUUUUUGAUCUAUGAAAAAUAGAUGUACUCUAUUUUUUCACAUCAGAGAAGGUGCAAUCAUUCACUUCUGAGCACUACUGAAAGUGAGUUCUCUUUAAGAAAUUUAGUAGCAAAUGUAAAGAAUAACACAAGAAUUUUUGAGGUUGAUUGUUAGCAUCUAUGAUUAAAAUGAUA